AUGAACCACCAAUUGACACCCGGUGACCAGGUGGAAGAGCAGGCGACCGUGGCCGAGACCCUGGAGGUCCUUCGACAAAGCGCGGCAUGCUUGCCAAUCGCCGCGGUGUUUUGCGGCUUGGACACGGGAGUGAUGCUGGCCGAUGUUUUGGCACAGCAUCUGCAGCUGCGGGGCAACCGGCCUAUGGCCAGAGGUGACAAGCAGGUGCAGCAGGAUGCUGUGAAAGCCGCCAACCUGAGAUCCACCCGAUCAGUGAAGGGUACAGAUUGGAACUCUGUCAAGGCCUUUGCUGAGACAGAAGGCUUCCCAAUCAUCAUUAAGCCGGCAGAAGCCGCAGGGUCGUAUGGCGUCAAGCUCUGUCACAAUGCUUGUGAAGCAGAAACUCAUUUUCGCCAGCUGAGCUGGCAGCUGCAGGGCCGCAGAAAUAGGGAGGUGCUACUGCAAGAGUAUUUGAAGGGAGCACAGUACGUGGUGGAUCACGUGUCGCGAGAUGGCGUUCACAAGACUACUAUGGUUUGGGACUGUGACCGUGGGCCUCUCAAUGGUGGCUACGUUUGCUUUCAGCAACAGUGCGUUGCUGCUGACACUGCGGUGGCACGGCAACUUAUCGCCUAUACGCGUGCAUGUCUAGAUGCACUUUCAAUCACUGAGGGCGCAACCCACGCGGAGGUGAUGAUGACAGAGACGGGGCCUUGCCUCGUGGAAGUCAACGUCCGCUGCCACGGCGCUCGCGGUGUUUGGAUGCCGGUGGCUCGUGCAUUUGCCGGCUACACGCAGGCGGGGUCGACGGGUCAAGGGCAAGGUCCUUGGUGGGGAUGGGUCAAAAUUAUCAGCCCCAAUAUAAAGGUGUAG